AUGCAGGGAGGAACUCCCCAUGACGACACGGCAGCUCGUCUGGCGUCCAACGUAGAGCCUCUACUGGCAGAAACGCGUGCACAUCUGCUGCAUAAGGAACCUGACCGUGCGCGUGCGAGUUUCCUACGUCUGCCUGAGCUGGAAUCACGUCGAAAAGCGUAUCUAGAGGCGACACUACGCGAUUUCUACGCCGCUGGAUUGUUCGACAUCCCUGUGCUGCUUACGUUUCUGGAAGCUCUUCCUAGCUGGCAUUGGACACUAGAUGGUUGCGCUGUACUGCACAACGUAAGUUCCGCGUUGCGAGCACCCAGUAGUGGCGCCGGGGGAGGUGGCAACGCUCUCAGAGCGCUCGAAGUGCGACAACGCAAGUUCCCACAGCUACCAUUAGCAUUUUUCCUACUUAAACUCAUGAGCCACUUGGAAGGAAGUGCUCGCGUACGUGCUGAGAGCUACUGGUACGCGUGGGUGAGUCCUACUCUGCGUGCAGUGGCCAGUGGACAGCCACUCGAACUCACGAUUCUCUCGAGAACUGGCCGUAGCGAGUACCAACAGGGAGAUGCAAGUAAAGAAGAGCUACUGUAUGCACCUGGCAAUGCCGGAACGUUUGACAACGACCGUCGUAACGCGUUGUGUUGGGUCGGGGAAGAGAGUGACAAUGACAUGGCUACAUGGCCUGACGACAAAGACCGCACCAAGGCGCAAUGGAGACUCAUCCCUUCGGACGUGCACACAGACACGUUUCUCCUCCAAAGUGUGCGGUUCGAAGAGUAUUUGUACGCUGCGGACUAUGCCAAAUUCAAGAAAGACACUCGAGGCAAAAGCAGGAGUCGCGUCUUUACGUGGCGGAAACAAGGCGAAGCGGCGGGACCUGCGGGCAAGUGGCAGUUGGUGUCUUUGAGUGUGGAAGAGAGAGAUGUGUGUGCCCUGUAUAAUCCGUACCAGCGCGAGUUUUUGUAUUCCCCCACCGCGGAUUUAAUGGACAGUAAGAGACGUCACGUGUUGACGCGAGCAGCACCCGAAGGCGCGCGGGAGGCGUCUGCGACCGAAGGAGGAGCCAUGUGGUGUGCGUGGCGCAUCGCUCCGGCGCAGCAAUCGUCCAUGGAGCGAGGCGUGGAGGCCUUUUUCGCCAAGAAGUACCCCGUCGCAGUCGAGCAACUCACGCAGGCUCUGGCCGACUUGCCAGACAACACGGAGCACGUGAAAUGCUUUGCGUAUCGUAUGACGGCGAACUUGCGUCUGCGUCGCUUCGACCUGGUGGCGCCGGAUUUCCAAGCCAUCCAGACGCUUGGAGGCGACAAGGCUGCGAUCUUCCAUGGCCUGGCGCACCUGUGGGAAGAGAACGCCAGUUACCUCGCUGCGAUGGCCUCGUCGUCUCCGGAGCUGCAGAUCCAGGCCAUGGAGAUCUCGACGUCUCCCGAGAACCCCUUCUUCAUGCGCCACCAAGUGUCCAAAGGCGACGACUAUUUCGUUCGCAGAGACUUCCAAGCGGCCAUUGUGUGCUACCAGGAAGCGGCGACGUGCGCGUCCUCGGACACGAGCGUGGAAGACCGCGAGACGACACGACAGCGUGUCCGUGCGUAUGUGUCGUGUGCCAAGUGUUUCUUCGCCCUGGACGAGAGUGCGAACGCGUGGCAAUAUUUGAGUAUCGCACACGACAUCACGGACGUGUCGGUGGAAGGCGAGGCGGCCAUUUUACUCUGGAAAGGCAAGUGUCGUCGAGCGCAGAAAUCCUACGACGAGGCGCUGGAACUGCUAGAGAAAGCGUUCGAUCGAGCGACGGCGGCGUCGGCAGCUUCUGUGGCGGGUGCGCCCAUGUCUGCGGCGGUUCUGAAGCGCUCUAUCUUGAUGGAGAUGAAGGUGGUGGGGCUGUUGAGACAGGGCGUCUACGAUACGUUGUUGGCUACGGGCGAGAGUGGAGUUGCAGCUCAAGGGAAGAGCACGACGGAAGACAAGGAGCCGGUGACUGGCGGAGACGCGGAGAAAACACUGACGCAAAUGAUGGAAAUGUUCCACUGUCCCUUGAGUCUAGAGCUCAUGGACGACCCCGUGACGACUCCCGACGGCAACACGUACGAGCGCUCGAUGAUCGAGCAGCAUCUCGAAGUGAACGGCUGCUUCGACCCGUUGACGCGAGCGCCACUGACCAAGUCACAACUCCACCCGAACCGAGCUCUGAAGCAACUCAUGGAGACGCUGCUUAGUGACCAUCGGCUCGGACUGCUCCUGGCUUCGUGCUCGACCUAGAAGAUUUCUUAACAUGAAAAAUGCAACUCAUUUUUUUCUCUGCGUAA